AUGGCACAUUUCUCCGCCAUGAAAUGGAUUGUAAUACUACUCUUCAUAUGGUCCACAUCUGCACAACAGUGUGAUCAACCUGUGACAGCGGCACGAUUCGAUUGUUAUCCUGAGCCUUUUGUAUCACAAGAAAAAUGUCUGGCUCGUAAUUGUUGUUGGAAACCGACGAAUCAGUUUCCCAAAAAUCGCUCGAAGAAUUCUCUUGAAAUAGACGUACCUUGGUGUUAUUAUCCACGUGAUUUUCCAACCUAUCAAAUAAAGACUAAUGAAUCAACUGCUUUUGGUCAACGACUAACAAUUGUUAAACAACAAUCGACCUAUAUGCCGAAUGAAAUUUUAAAUUUAACAGUUGAUCUUAUCUACGAAACAGCACAACGAUUUCGUUUACGAAUAUAUGAUUCAACGAAGAAACGUUACGAAGUACCACUUGAAGUGCCUGUCAUUGAAAAAAAAGUUAAUAUCACCGAUUACGAAGUUUCACUUAGUCAAGAACCAUUUGCUAUUCUUGUCAAACGAAAAUCAACUGGUAUGACAAUAUUUGAUACUAGUGUAGCACCACUUAUCUAUGCUGAUCAAUUCAUCAAAUUUUCAAGCUAUCUUUCCAGCCCAUUUCUCUAUGGUCUUGGUGAACAUCAGCAAUCGUUGUUGAUCGAUGUCACAAAUCAAUGGAACAAGCUAACAUUUUGGACUCGUGAUACUCCUCCAGCUCAGCAUGUCAAUCUGUAUGGUGUUCAUCCAUUUUACAUCAAUGUAGAAAUGAAAACCAAUAUGUUGACUAAUUUUCAUGGACAAUUUUUUCUCAAUUCGAAUGCAAUGGAUAUUGAUCUUCAACCAUUACCUGCUAUUAGUUAUACAACAAUUGGAGGUAUUAUUGAUUUGUAUUUAUUUACUGGACCUACAGCACAAGAUGUUAUUCAACAAUAUUGGGAUGUGAUCGGAAAACCUACAAUGCCACCCUACUGGUCUCUUGGUUUUCAUCUGUGUCGUUAUGGGUACAAUAAUAUCAACAAUUUACGAGCCGUCAUUCAACGAAUGCAUGAUGCUGAAUUUCCAUAUGAUGUUCAAUGGACAGAUAUUGAUGCAAUGUCCUCUAAUCUUGAUUUUACUUAUGAUCAAACAAAUUUCAAUGGUCUACCAGAUCUUGUUCAUUCUUUACAAUCUGAAGGUAAACAUUAUGUCAAUAUCAUCGAUUGUGGUAUCAGUUCAACACAAUCAUCUGGAACCUAUCCACCAUAUGAUGAUGGUUUGAAAAGAGGAAUUUUCAUCACCAAAUUCAAUUCAACUGAACCAAUUAUCGGACAGGUUUGGCCAGGAUUAACAGUCUUUCCAGAUUUUACAAAUGCGAGUACUGUUGAAUGGUGGACGAACAUUGCUACUACAUUUCAUGAUACAAUUCCGUUCGAUGGCAUUUGGAUUGAUAUGAAUGAACCAUCAAAUUUGAUUGAUGGUUCUCAUGAUGGUUGUACAAAUAAUUCAUUAGACAGACCUCCAUUUGUUCCACAUGUACUUGGCGAUUCACUCAGUGCAAAAACAUUGUGUCCAUCUGCACAACAUGCACUUUCUUCUCAUUAUAAUUUACAUAAUAUGUACGGCUAUUUCGAAGCAAAAGCAACGAAUCUUGCACUAAAAACAAUUCGUCACAAACGACCUUUUGUUUUGUCUCGUUCGUCUUUUGCCGGCUCGGGUCAAUAUACCGCUCAUUGGACGGGUGAUAAUGGCGCGACGUAUGAAGAUAUGUACUUUUCAAUUUCGGAUAUUCUCAGUUUUAAUAUGUUUGGAAUGCCCAAUGUCGGUGCUGAUAUUUGUGGCUUUCGAGAUGAUACAAAUGAAGAAUUGUGCACACGAUGGAUGCAAUUGGGUGCAUUCUAUCCUUUCAUGAGAAAUCAUAAUGGUGCUCAGAAGGAUCAAGAUCCAGCUGUAUUCUCUUGGACAUCUCAACAGAUCAUGAAACAAGCAUUGAUAAUGCGAUAUUCGCUGGCUCCAUUCUGGUAUACUCUUCAUUAUCGAGCAGCGAUAGCAUCAGAAACUCUAGUGCAACCACUUCAUUUCGAAUUUUCCAAUGAUAACAAAACACUAGGUAUUGAUCGACAAUUUCUCAUUGGUCGUGCCAUUCUCGUCUCACCAAAUCUUGUUUCAAUAAAUAAUACAACUAUGGUGCAUGCUUAUAUUCCAGAAGACGUUUGGUAUGAGUUUCCAUCGGGUGUCAAAGUGAAAGUUGUCGGUGUAUUUGUUGAUCUUGAUACUCCUUUAGAAAAGAUUAAUAUUCAUGUCCGAGGUGGUUUUAUUAUUCCUAUGCAAAUACCCGGAACUAAUUUGAUGAUCGGCCGUGGAAAUCCAUUUACUUUACUUGUCGCUCAAUCAGCAUUAGGAAAUGCAACUGGAAAUCUGUUUUGGGACGAUGGUGACUCUAUUGAUUCGAUCGAAACAAAAUCCUACAAUUACUUCGAAUUUUUACUUAUUUCAAAUAAAUUGACUAUCAAUGCAAUCGUAGCAAAUUACAAAGAUUCACCGAUGCGUUUAGAACUUGUUCGUGUUCUCGGUGUUAGCAAACCGGUGACGAGUGUGACUGUCAAUGAAAAGGAUCACAAGGGAUUUUUCUACAAUAUUCCUGAUCAAGAUACAAAUAGAAAAAAUACAUGUACAUCAUUUCGAAAAACUCAAAGUACUCUUUCAUUCAUUCUUGGUUAUUCAAUUUGA